AUGACCGAGGUAUCGUCCACGCGCCUAUACCUAGGCAACCUUCCCCGUAAUGCCACAAAGGCAGACGUCGAGGGCCACUUCCAGACCCAUGGCACUGGUGAGAUCACUGAGAUCAAGCUCAUGAACGGCUUUGGCUUCAUCGAGUACAAGGAUGCCAUGGACGCUCGUGACGUUGUUCCAGAUGGUUCCGACUUCAUGGGUGAGCGUCUCAUCGUCCAGUUUGCCCGUGGCUCUCGUGCUCGCAACGAGAACUUUACUCCCCACGAGCGCGUCCCCCCGCGUCCUAGGCGGACUCCAUACCGGAUGAGAAUUGCGAAUCUUCCGGUGGAGACUAGCUGGCAGGACCUAAAAGACUUUGCCCGCCAGUCUGGAUUGGACGUUGUCUACUCCGAGGUUGGCCGCGAGCGUGAUGGCACUGGAUUUGUCGAGUACGAAACAGCCGCCGACCUCAAGGCUGCAGUCGAAAAGCUUGACCGCCGUGAGUUCAAGGGCCAGGAGGUCACGUGUGUCCAAGACGUGUCUGAUCCUCCCCCACCACCUCCGUUCAAGCCUAGGGCUCCUUAUGGAGGCCCUGGUGGACCUGAUGACCGCGGCCGAGACAGAUACCGAUCCCGCUCGCCCAUGGGCCGACGUGGAGGUGGUUACCCACCUGCGCCGUACGACGACUACUACGACCGUCGCGGCCCCCCUCGUGGCUACAGCCCUCGCCGUGACGACUACCGCCGACGCACACCUCCUCGCGAGUUCUAUGAUAGGCGUGAUGGAGGAUAUGGACGCUCGCCUCCUCGUGGUCGCAUACCUGAUGAGUAUGGCCCACCGCGCGCGCGUUACCCUGACGAUCCUUAUGAUACUAGGGCCGGACCUCCACCUCGUCGCUACGAUGACCCCUACAUGAACGGUCAUGGACGCCCAUACGAUGGAGGACGACCGCCCUCCCCACGUGGUGCUCGUCCUCGUAGUCCAGGAGGCCGUCCUCCUUACGACGCUCCCGCAGCAGACUACCCGCCUCGCGGCCGAUACUAG